UCCUGUCAUGCACGCGGCUGGGAGAAGAAAUCGCUGAAGAGAUCAGCCGGACAGAAAGAGCCUUCAUGAUACUGCCCACAUCACACGCAUUUCCUCAACGAAGUCGCCGAGAACACGAGCCGCACAGCGCGCGAGACAUAAAGGAAAUCCUCUUUUAUUGCAUUCGCAAUAGCCCCAGUGUCAUUUAGUGAGAGAUGCCGCCAAGGACCGGACUUUUGCUGCUCGCCGUGCUCAUCGCCUCCGCGUAUGAACUGGAUCAGAACGAAUCCUACUCGAACAGGAGAGCACGCUUCUCCCACAACAGCCCCUCGGAUGUGGCGCGCUGCUUGAACAGUGCGCUCCAGGUGGGCUGCGGUGCCUUCGCCUGUCUUGAAAACUCAACGUGUGACACAGAUGGCAUGCAUGAAAUCUGCAAGUCCUUUCUCUACAGUGCUGCUAAAUUCGACACUCAGGGUAAGGCUUUUGUGAAAGAAAGCUUGAAGUGCAUUGCCAAUGGCAUCACUUCAAAGAUCUUUCUAACAGUCAGACGGUGCUCCACCUUCCAGAGGAUGAUCUUGGAGGUUCAAGAGGAGUGCUACAGCAAGCUGGACAUUUGUACAGUGGCCAAAUCAAACCCAGAAGCCAUUGCAGAGGUGGCUCAGCUUCCCAGCCACUUCCCCAACAGGUUUUAUGGGAAACUACUGCAGAGUUUGAUGGAGUGUGACGAAGAGACGGUGGACCUGGUGAGGGCAAAUCUGUUGACCCGAUUAGGCCCCGAGAUCGCCAUGCUCUUCCAACUACUGCAGAACAAGCCGUGUCCGUCUGCUGCCGCACCUACUGGAAUGGAGACUCGUGGUGGGUGGCGGUGGUCUGUCAGUCCCCAUGGAUACAAGAUCCAGCCAAAUCUACGCAACAGAGAUGCUUCGAAUCUCUUUGGCAAGAAACGCAACAUUGGUGACAGCUCUUAACUUCAGACCGAUUUGCCAGUCCAAACUUAACCAUCGUGCACACAUAUACAAACGCAAAGUUGAAAACACACACAUAAAUUAAAGCAAGACAAAACAGUGGUAUACAUUCCUUAUCCUUAGUGGUAUACAUUCCUUAUCAACUGGAAAAACGGUAUGCACCAGUGCGGAAACAUCUCAAAUGUCCAAUUCUAUGUUCAUCGAUUCAUAUUUGACGAGUUUUAGACAUUUAAGGGGAAAUCGGGCCAGGUUUACAGACCGAUCCGUGUGUAGGUUAAGUCAAAGUCAUCAUGAAAUCCAGCGGGAGUCAUCCAGGCCAUUAUGUAGAUAGCUCUUAGACUUAUUUCCAUGAGAAUAUCUCUAGAAAUGAAAGGAAAAUACUAUCGAAAAAAAAAAAAAAUAGCCAUUUAUAUAUGAAAUAUAUAAUACAGCAAAGAAAAUGUAUGUGUAUAUAAACUGAAUCUAGCAUUGGUGUGAAAUAGUUGGCAUGUGUUAUAGAAAUAAGAGUGUACUAUUUAUUUAUUAACAGAUAUUUUACUACUGCUUUAGCUGUAAAUCUCAAAUUGCCUCUAGCCUUUGUGUGAAACUCUCCUAUUUGGCGAGAGCUAUAUCUUUAAAAAUCGAUGUGCAGGAAUUCACUAAAAUACCAAAAAACUCAAGUUAAAUGCCGUAAAUCAUAACAAUUGAGUAUAGCAACAGUAGAUGUCAUCGAUCCACACUGGACGACCAAACAAUAUUUAUGAAAUUAGUUAGAGAUGCACAGGAAGGGACGGAUAACUUCUCUUCGCAUUCCUUCAGCUUCUUUCUGUAGACCUACAGGAACUUUUUUUCACUUUUGGCAAACUCUUGGAUCGCCUUUCUAUUUAUUAUCUGUUCAAAUAGUUCAGUACAAAUAAACUCAGAGAGGAAAUUCAAUUCUAAGCACUGAGUGCAUUGUUAGCGCUACAUCUAAACACAUAUUUUGGCCAAACUAUUGGACAGAUUAACAAAUUACUCCCUGGAGAAUAUGACAUGUAGAAGUGAGUUCAAGCACGCUGUUCUCAGCGUUACUGAGAAAAAAAAGAGGGAAAAAAUAACCUUAAUGUCUAUUUAAAAACAUGUUAAUUGAAUUAUUAUAUUUAUUUUCAUACUAUGUUAUUUAAAUGGUUAUUUUAUUACAUUUCUGUGGGCAAUAUUAGUUCAUUCAGCAAGCAUCAGUUUACAGAUAUAGUGCGAAAUGUAUUUAAUCUAUCACUUAUUUAGUCAUCCUGAGUUGACUAUAUAUGACCCAUGUAAUGACUCUGUGCUGGUCAUGGGGGAACACGCUGUUCAUAUGAUAUAUGGGACCACUAUAAUGCAAACUUUGUCAAAAGUUUAUUGAGCAUUGCCACGUGCUGUGUAUACAUUCAGGGUUUCAGAGCUAUAUAGAGUAUAUAUUGUAAGCUUUAACAGAGUAAUUAACAUCCAGUGUUUCAUAGCGCUGUCGUUGAUAGGGAAGGCGAUGCGUUUCAGCCGUCGAAUGGUUAGAGCGAGUGGUUAUUUUGGGGCAGUCACUGCAAAGUGUUUUCCCGAGCCAUUCUCGACACUAUGCAAUACACAACGUUUCCGAAAGGCCUAUUGUUUACCCAGGGUGAAUGGGGAAGAGCUCUUCGUAAGUGCUGCUUGGGGAAGUUCAGAUUAGCAAAGACUGGAGGGCAGUGUUUGGCUUGGGAACGGCUGAGGACCGAGGGCCAAAUCCAAUCAAACUACCGCGAAACCACUUUUUGACUGUUCCCGUCCAAAAAUAAAUUCCAUAGCAGAGAAGCCGUUUCACCACUGAGUGAUUUAACCAUUCGAAUGACCAAUCUGCAUUGCUUAAUAUGACCUGACUUGUUCGAAAAACACAGGCUAACCAUUAAAUGCUUUGCUUUAUGGUGAACUUACACUGGCGCCGUCUUGGGAGUGUGGUGAUAAUACAGCAGUUUGAUUGAAUUGGACCCAGAGCGAAAUGAGAGAGCAGAACCAGAGAGGGCAGAACGACUGUUUUUUUCUUAAACCAAAUGAUCUGCAAAUCUAAAAGUAAUUCACCAAACUAUGCAAUAAUCGCUAGAAAGGUUGCAAACUAAAAUCCAUGCGAUCAAGCCCUAAGCAGAAAUGGGGCCGUUUAAAUUUUGAGACUAAGCAGCAGUAGCGUUUUUCUUCUCCCAUAUAAAAUGAAAUCCCCACUUGCCAAUAACCCUUUGUUUUGGUUUAGUUUUUUUUUUUUUUCAAAUGAUUUCUUUAUUUUGUGUUCCUGUUUCUGGCCAAACUGGUUAAUUCUCUUUUUUUGUGUGUGUAUAUGUGUAUUUAUAAUAAUAUAUGCACUUUCCGUCUCAUAGGACCAAUCAAAAGGGCAUUGUGCAUAGUCAGAUUCUGCUCAGAAACUCCAGAAUAGCUGCUGUGUUCUUGUUGAACAGGCAAAGAUGCAGUGGGAAUCUGAGGAUUUUUUCUUUGUUCGUUUUUGUUUGGGAAAUACGGUAUGAUACCGCAAUCUAUUAAACACCAACAAAGUAAUUGUAACCUAACAAAGCUGCUAAACUGAUUUCCAACCCCACUGUGUUACAUUAAAGCUACUUUUCCAUUGAAAUCCCAUUUGUUUAUCCGACAUUAGCUGUGUGUGCUUCAUGCCGAAGAUUUUCAAACUAAAUGACCAGUGACUCGAUUAUGCAUUACCAUUUUCAUGCACUUCUGGUAUCUCAGCAACAAGGUGUCCAUACCAUCUCCAGAGAAACAGCAGCGAGUGCAGACAUAUUUUCUCAAAGACAUUUGAUGUUUAUUAAAAAGAUGCUAGUGAACUACUCUUAAGUAGCAUUAAAGUUGCAAUGCUGUUCGGAAAGGUUUGGUCACUCUUGGCCUGAUCGCAUUUUAUCUUCAGUUACUGAAUCAAAAGGUGUUGUACAUUUAAAUGUAAUUAUAUUUUGUUAAAUUAUUACAAUGCAUUUGUUAGACUGCUGUGGAUAUACAGCUUUUUUUUCUCAUUCAAAGCCUCUGUCAUGUAGCUCAACAUCUCAUUCAUAUUUCGAUUCAGAGACUUUUCAAAAACAUAAGGGAUUUUGUAAACUUCAGAGAAUGUAUAUUUUAUCAGAUGUCUGUAUUUGGUGAAAAGGGAUGCAUACGGCACUGAAAGUUUAGUGCAGCCCUCUGGUCAAUUGAACUUGAAUAGCAUUGUGUCCCAAUCACGAUUUAUGGUGGAUUAGCGGAGAUUGGAGACUGACUCUUCUUGUUGCCAAAUUUAAAGUUUAUUUAACCACUGCCUCAAGGAAACAUUGAACAUUAUUUGCCUGCAUUACAAAAAUAGUAUAUAAUGUAGAGUGGGAAUAAUUGGAAAAUUAGGUUCUGUGUGAUCAAAUUGUGCCAAUCAGACAUGUUUCAGGCUAGGUUAGUGCUUUGUUGAUAUCGUCACUUUACGUCAUAACCAGAAAGAUCAGGAUGCACUACAAUUGAAGCGAUCUGUUCAUACAGACCCUUCAUUGUUUCUGAUUCACCAAAAACUGGUGAUUUCUCCUCUUUAAAUCCAGGACCCUGAGGACUAUAGGCUAUAAGCCAUUAAACUGUAUGGUACUCUCUCCUCUCAAAACUUGAAACCACUUAUAUCACUUAUAUUCCUGUUUAUGUUUAGAUAUUAAGAUUCAAUGUGAUGUUUUUUUCUUUUAAAAUUCAGUAUGAAACCAAAAUAGGAAAAGAUUGUUUGAAGGCAUUUUAUUCAAGGCAUUUUUUUGUUUGUUUGUUUGUUUUUCCCCUAAUGUUAUAUACGAUUGAAAUUUGUGAUUGAUUUGCACUUUACACUGAGCCCAUAUACAUAUAUACUUGUGUAUAUGUGUUGGGGUUUCUUUCUGUGCUGACAGGUCAAAAAAUUAUACAAAAACAUCAACUAUGUGUCUUUUAUUGUGUAAUAAACCAUGAUC